CAGAGACAGCUACAUGUGAAAUAGAGACAAAGCCACAGAGACUGUUUGAGAAGAGAAAGAAAAUGGAUGCCUUCUCAGCCACUUCUUGAGGAGUCCCCUCCACCUCUUAAAUGAGAUGGCUCCCAAGCACUGAGGCAACAUAACAGCCAGUGGAGCUGCCAUGGAUGCUCUGACCAUCGGCGGAGUGCAACACUUCCCACUCAGACAGUUUGACCAGAAAGUGGACAUCAGAGCAGAGAAGCGUGAGCACUUACGAGGACGUAACAACGUCACCUCUUGCCGAAGCCCUACCAGAGACUUUGACACGAGACUGGUCAAGACUGAACUGAAGGAAAAGAGACACCUAGAAUUUCUUAGGAGGAGAUCCGUGAGCCCCGAGCCCUCGGGUCAGAAGUGCAGAAACUGUUCUUCAAAGAGGAAACAUCAACCAUUGAGCUUUUCAAUGAAGCAUCACAAUUUCAGCGCCAAGUCCGAGACUCUGCAUACAAAUACAUCAAGUUUUCCAUCCGUUAAUAGUCAUUCAGCUAUGAUUCUCACACAGGAGAGCAGAGGGACUGACGGUCCGAGCACCAGCAAAUGGGCUUCAUUGUGGUCACAACCUAUUACACCGAUGCAGCAAGAGAAAGAGAACGUUCAUGCACAGAAUCUCGCCUCAGUCUUCACACCGGGGAUGAUGGAGUCCAGACAGCAGUGGACGAAAACCAUAAAUAAAAGAGACGGUAAUAUUAAUAUUAAAAAGACAAAUAUCACAAGUAUUUUCCAGACAGAGAAGAUUAACCAAAAAUCUUCUGUGCAAACUGAAGAUAUUCACCCAAAAAAGACACUUCGAGAGAUCGGUGUGCAAACAGAAUCCGGACUAAUCACUGUCAAGGAAUCGGAUGUUCAGAAAUUAUCCGACUACUUGCAGGAGGCCCUCUGGAGAGAGGAGGCCGUGAGGAAGAAGCUGGCUGCUCUUCAUGAGACCGCACAAAACCUUGUGAACUUCUCAGACAUAGCAUGGACAUCGCGCUGCAGCGAGGACCUUCUGAGAAACAAGCUCAAGACUCUUGAGGCGCAGCUGCAAGUGUGUCUACAGAAGUUUCCAAAAGAUGGAAUGAAGAAAGUGGUGCAACAGAUGGAGAAGCAGAGUAUGAGGUAUGAGGAAAAGGCCCUGGUUGCCCUGCAGAAGGCCACAAAGGAGAAGACAGAGGCACUCAGCAAGGCCGAGACACUGCAGGAAGCACUAAUUACAGCCAAGGCAGAGUCACUGCAGUGGCAGAGCUUGUAUCAGGAGUUGAAGCUGAACUCUGGACAACUCAGGGAGAGCCAGCACCUCAGUAUUGAUCACCUCCAACAGCUGAACGGUCAAGCGGAGCUGUCCAGAGCCAGAGAGGUCGAACUGCAGGAGGAGGUUGCAUCAUUAAGACAAGAAAACCAGGAGCAGCGGUACAACAUUUGCCUACUGGAGGGGGACAACCAGACUCUAAGAGAGGAAGUCCAACUCCUUCGAGAUGGCGAUGAUGAGAGCCAGAACUUCUUGAUGCAGGAAAUUCUGAAAUCUGAGGAAGCGGAGCCGCAACAAACCGCAGGGAGAGACUCAGAGCUGGAGGAGCAACUCCGACGCACUCAGGAGAAACUCCAGAGUAAAGAGAAAGAGUGUAAGGAGCUGCAGACGGAGCUGCACGUUGUGGAGCAGGAAUGUCAGUCCAGCCAGACACGGCUGUCGCAGUGCAGAGACGAACUCCGGCAGAACAGCCACCGCAGGAGUACACCAGUGAGAAAAACGCCGUGCGGCUCCUGGUGGAGGACGUGUGUGUCCGUCCUCCUGCUCCUCUCCGUAGUCAGCGUUGCCAUGUUGUGGAUAUGGCAUCCUCCUUUCAGGGAUCAAGUUGAAGUCCUGUACUCGGACAUAGAGACGAGAAUCGAGGACUAUGUCAUGGAAAUGGCCUCCCCGCAACACUCGGGCUGCUUCAGACCAAUAUGACAGGACCACUUGCUUAGGGAUAUUUUUUUUAACUGUCUAGUGAUGUAAUAUUUUAUUUAAAAAAUGUUUAUAGUGUGUGGGUUGUUAGUGUUUUUGUAUUCUAAACCCUUUGAGACCUGGAAGUAAGCGUUUGAGUGAUUUGCUGUUUGCUUAGUGGAGGAUGUGUUGUGCACGUGUGCAGAAGGUUCUAGUGAAGACAGUCUGAAAAAUACAAAGAUGCUCCUUUGAAAUGUUUGAGAGUUGUUUGAGUUGUUUUGUUUGUUUGGUAGUGUUAAUUUCAUUUUUUUUAAAUGCGAGUUUACACAUUAGAAGAGUAGAACAAAUGUCUUUUGUACUGUAAACUGAUUAUCUCAUCAGAAGGACCACCUUGGAAUAAAAAUCUGUCUCUUUUUAUCUCUUUUUAUGGAUUAUCUCUGACAAUACCAGAAUAUCCAGCUUAAAACUAAUUUUUCAAAAUUUGAAUUUUCUAUACCCCAACCCCCCCAAAAAUUAGGAUAAAGCCAAAGCUUUCACAAAUUCCACUGAAUUAUUGAGGUGCUGGACGUGCACUGGUUCUGUGGGACAGCAGGGGGUUUAUUUUAGAUGCAGCAUUUCUUAAAAGGGCAUUAAAAUAGAAACCACAAUGAAAGUAAGCACAAUAAAAACCUGAAGAUUUAUACCCCAGAAGAAAUAGAACUAUA